AUGGCACAGUUCCUGAUUUUCACAACGUCGGGGAGACAUUUUCUGAAGGUUGAACCGUUAGAGUUCUCAGAGAAAAUGCCCGACUCACUCGAUAUCCAGUUGCAGAACCACACCAAUUCCCACGAGGUCUACGCCUACGUCACCGGCAUCGCCAUCCAAAAGAAUGGCGCCCGAGUUCUCGUUAAGGCAAACGGCAAGGACCUCUACUACCCCGAGAGCCCAUCUGAGAUCCUGUCACCCCUAGCAGAGGACUGCGCCAUCCCCCUCGGGCCCCCCGGGAGCACCACGACAGUGCACAUCCCGCAGAUCGCGGGCGGGCGCAUAUGGUUCAGCUCCGACGCCAAGCUGACCUUCCUGCUGAACCCGGGCCCGGCCCUAGUUGAGCCAUCGGUCCUCAACCCGAGCGACCCCAACGCCGACGUGAACUUCGCCUUUGCCGAGUUCACCCUCAACGCCGACCAGCUCUUCGCAAACAUCAGCUACGUCGACUUCGUCUCGCGCCUGCCCAUCGCCCUGACCCUCGACCGCCACCAGGCCGGCGCCCCGGACUCCGUCCAGCACGUCUCGGGCAUGGGCCCCGACGGCCUGGACAGGGUGUGCGACGGCCUCCGCGCACAGGCCCGGAGGGACGGCAUGCCGUGGGAUAAGCUGAUCGUCCAGAAACCAGGCCAGGCGCCCUUACGAGCCCUGAGCCCGACGCACGGCGCGGCGGUGGGGGCUAGCUUCGACGGGUACUUUGAGCCGCUCGUCGAGGAGGUCUGGAGGAAAUUCAGCCGCGCCGGGCGAGGUGCGGAGAUGCGCAUCAACACCCAGGCCGCGCCGGGGACCCUGGCGGGAUCCGUCAGCGAGAAGGGCGAGCUGGUCGUCGGUGAUGAGACGUUUGCCAAGCCUACUACGGCGGAUAUCCUCGGGUGCAACACGGGCCCGUUCGUGACGGGGCCGUCGGCGGCGAGGAACGCGAUCAUCCCGCGCCUGGCGGCGGCGCUGGUGCGGGCUGCGCUGCCGGAGGUGGGGGAGCAUCCGUCGCACCCGUCGACGUUCUACGGUAGGGAUCCGGCGAACCACUAUGCGCGGAUUGUGCAUGAGGUGAAUUUGGAUGGGAAGGGGUAUGCGUUUGCGUAUGAUGAUGUGCAGCCUGAUGGUGGGGAGGAUCAGUCUGGGAAGGUCAAUGCUGGGGAUCCGAGGGUGUUUGUUGUUGCUGUGGGGGGCAAUGGGGCAUAUACUAGCUAGGAGGUAUCCUAUCUGGGGAACUAUCUGCCUCUAUUUAUCGGUGGAGGAAGCGGGUAGUGCCUCCCGUACGUACCGUGGCGGUGCUGCUACCCCGACGCAUAAGUUCGAUUUUGUAGUCGCUUCUUCAGGGCCAGUGUUGGCACGUGUAAUAUAUUCUUUUCCUUGCCCAAGGACAAUACCAUGGGCCAGUUCUGCCCCCACGAUGGAACAGAGGCGAGCCCCCAUGAUAAACCAAUGAACAGCUGCACGAAAGACCCCCACAAGGCGUGCAGCCUUACAAAACCGUUGAACGGGUGACGAA